ACUCCUCCUGCUCCGAUCCCAGAUCGCUAAAACCCUAAUUUAUAAAUCCCCUCCUCCCUCCUCCUCCGCCUCGCCUCCCCCUCACUCUGCACACUGCUCGAACCGCGAAGUCCCAAGCAAGCCUCUCUUCGCCCUCGCCUCGUUUCUUUCCAGUUUAUAAAGAAUCACUCCCCGAAAAAGCGAUGGCAGUUGCGUUUUACGACCUUGGCUCUGCAGCAGGACUGAAGAAGCUUGAUGAAUACCUCCUCACACGGAGCUAUAUAACUGGGUACCAAGCUUCAAAGGAUGAUAUCACUGUGCAUGCUGCACUUCCGAAGCCCCCAUCAUCUGAAUUUAUCAAUGUAUCUAGGUGGUAUAACCACAUUGAGGCUCUACUGAGGAUUUCUGGUGUUUCUGCGGAAGGUUGCGGUGUUGUUGUUGAGGGUUUUGCUCCAAUCACCGAGGAGGCAAUUGCAACUCCCCUGUCAGUGACACAAAGGCAAGCUGCAGCUGCAGAGGAUGAUGACGAUGAUGACGUAGAUUUGUUUGGUGAAGAGACUGAAGAGGAGAAGAAGGCUGCUGAGGAACGUGCAGCUUCUGUCAAGGCAUCUACAAAGAAGAAAGAAUCUGGCAAGUCUUCUGUGCUGUUGGAUGUGAAGCCAUGGGAUGAUGAGACUGACAUGAAAAAGCUCGAGGAAGCAGUAAGAAGCAUCCAAAUGGAAGGGUUGUUUUGGGGAGCAUCCAAACUCGUACCUGUGGGCUAUGGCAUAAAGAAAUUGCAAAUUAUGCUGAGCAUUGUGGAUGAUUUGGUUUCGGUCGACUCUCUCAUUGAGGACCAACUUACGGUUGAACCAGUGAAUGAAUACGUCCAGAGCUGCGACAUUGUCGCUUUCAACAAAAUAUAAUUUAUGCGAUGUAUUGAGGUUGGCCCAAGUGUCUUCUCGUUGACUUUGUGGCUGCUUUUUGGGCAUCUUAUCACCCUGAGUUCUAUGCUGGACUAGAUUUAAGAGAUGUAUUUCUAUGUUCAUGGAUUUGGAAUCAGUAUUUUACUUGGUUAAUGUCACAAUGUUCCGAUUGUAGUCUUGAUCUUUUAUUCUUUCGACAUUGUGUGCAACAAGUAUUGAUACUGUAUUUGGUAUGGAGUAAUCAUUUUGAUCCAAACUCUGAGGCUAGUUGUUGUUGCCCCA